AGUUAAAUAUUGUGGAAGUUAUUAAAGAAAUACUUUCGUAUGGACAAAAACGCCUACUUACUAGGGGUCUUAGUUGCUUUGGCCGGCAAUCUGGUCCAUUGUGCCGUGGGUCCCAUAUGGAUUGCCCGCAAUGUCAAUGAUCCUCUGCCGCCAUUCGCCAUCGUCGCCGGCUACGAUUCUAACAGGGAUCCCAUCUAUGUGGCUCGCGCCAGUCACAAUGGCGAAGUGGUGCCUGCCAAGUUCAUUCCCAACAAGAAACUGGCCUUCAUCUCCUGGGCCGGUAAGGAGAUCACCAAGAAUGACUUUGAGAUCCUGACCGGACACGAGCACAGCUGGCACCCUGCCAAGGGUGGUAAUGUGCCACCCGGUGCUCUGCGCACCGGCCAUACCGCCGAUGGCGAGCCACUGUAUGUGGGACGCGCCUCCUUUGCUGGCAGUCUGACGCCCGGCAAGGUGCAUCCCUCUAAGGGCUGUAUGUACGUUUCGUAUGGCGGCGGUGAGCAAUGUCUGAAGGAGUACGAGGUGCUCGCGGUACCAUAAAAAUGAACACCAAUAUCGAUUUAUGGCAUUCUUAAAAUCUUCCAGAAUAACACUUAUAACAAGCCACAUAUUUUAAA